AUGCAUGCUCCAACACCCGGCCCUUACCCUGGGACACGAUCGUUCCCUCCUGGCCAGACUGCAUCGAUUUCUCUUCCAGGUACACCUAUAGGGUCAUUGACACCUCUUGGUGGCCCUGCCUCGGGACGCAACUCACCCGUAGCAGGGUAUCCUUUUCCCACAAUGAGCAACCCAAGACAUAAAGCUAGCCCGACACAACAUCCUCGAGCUAUAAGUGUCAGCCACGUCCCAUCUCGCGACUUUGAUGGCCGUCAACCUUCGUCGUUGCAUGGAAAGCGACCAUUCGAAGAGAUUACACCCGAAGACGCCAGGUCUCAAUACCCCAAUCUCCAUCAUCCAUCCGGGAUGCCAACUGGCCCUCCCUCGACACUUUCGGAACCUGGUAGGUUGCAUUCCCAGGGAAUGAUUGCUUCACCUGGCGUCCAAGGUCCUCACUCCACUUUGCCGCCCAACCAUGCGACAGUUCGCCAGCAGCCACCUUCAGUCCACCCCCAGACUUCGUACUCUCCUAAUAUGCAGGCUGGCCGACCUUUCCCCAGUCCCGGACCUCAAAAUGACACUGCUUCGUUAUGGUCGGAAACACUUCGAAGGCAAGGUACAGGGGGAUCUCUCUUCGGCGUUGAGGGACAGCAUGCUUUCAUGACACUUCCUGGAAGCGAGACACCUAUACCAGUUCACAUGGACUUUUCCCAUGCGUCCAAGAAAGCAGAUGAGAAAAGACAACGGAAUGCUGUGGCUUCGACGAGGCACCGAAGGAAGAAGAAGAUUAUGCAGGAAGAGAACUCGAAACAAUUGCAAGAGCUUCGGGAUGAAAGACGAAUGAUGGAAAUCAGGAUUGAGGAAUUGACGCAGCAACGAGACUUUUACCGCGAUGACCGCAAUCGCCUACGGGAUAUCGUCGCGAACACACCAUCGAUAAAUGGCCUUGCCGUAGGCCCCCCAAGUCCGACGUUUUCAACGAGCAACUCCUAUGCAGAUAAUGGAUCCUUGGCAUCGGGGCAUAUGGGUUAUGGUGGUGAAGGAAUGCCAAGCGAAAGACCAAGCCAGCGACGUCGAACCGAUGACCACCCCGAAUAUUCGUUGCCACCAUAUUCCCCUGCGAGUGUCACGAGCGGGCAUCCAAGCGCAUCUCCCAGUGGGCUGCCGCCCAUGCCGAUGUCGGGCUACGGUGCACCAUCACGACCAUCAUCAGCUGCAUCCUCGGCCAACAGCGAAAGGUUGCCGCCAUUGAGGGCGAUGGAAGGUCGACCUCCUGGCCCAGCCCCUGGCCCAGGUCCGCAUGAACAGGAUCCCCGAACAGGACAGUGGGUUCCUGUUCAGCCUCGAGCACAGGAAACUGGCUGGGCGACAAGAGAUACGCAUCGCAGGGCUUAA